CCGGACUCUGGAUCGGCUGAGUUCACCUCAGCCUUUGACAAAACCCACCUCAUAAAUGGCGCCCGAGCAGGGACCCAGCUCUGCAGGCGCAUGUGCAAAAAACUUAACAAGCACCAACACUGCGGAAGCGGGCUCGCCGAACACACCACAACCAACAGAUGACACACGCGCCAGCGAGAGUAACACCAAUACGCUGAACGUCGACUCCCUCAGCUGGAUAUAUCUGCUAAAGAAGGAGAAGUUAAUAGAGGAGUGCAAGCGGCAUCGAAUUUUCGUAGAGGGAUAUACAGUCGCCGACCUGCGCAACGCGCUUAGCGCAUAUGUAAAAGCGAAGCGACAUCGCAAAUCAACAGAGGAUUUAUUAAGGGAUUUGGAAGAGGAGAUUAAAGCAGAAGAGGAGAGACCAGUAAAAAUGCUGCCCAGCACCAUUCCCACCGUCCGGAUCGACAACUAUAGUCCACCGCCACUGGAGAUGAAGCCUGCAACAAAGCGUGGCGAGAUCAACGACGCCGAGCUAAUGAAUACCGUUCGCCGAUGGGACGUACAUUUUUCGGGGGGCGACGCGCUACACGACUUCUUGGAGAGGAUCGAAGAGCUAGCCGAAUGCUACCGCAUCCCGCUAGACAACCUCCUCCCAACCCUACCUGAAGUGUUACGCGGGAAGGCUCUACAAUGGUUCCGCGUACGAAAACCACAGCUACAUUCGUGGGCAGCGUUUCGUGCAGAAAUAGAGCGGUUCUUCCUCCCACGGCGACACAUGAGUCAGCUCGAAGAUGCCAUCCGGCAGCGACGCCAACAAAGCCGAGAGAAGGCCAAGGAUUACAUCUUGGCAUUACAAACUCUUAUACGCCAACACCCGACCAUGUGUGGAGAGGAUCACUUGGAACGCAUCUACGAUGGUCUACGUGUUGAGUAUCGUCUCUUCGUCAAGCGAGGGGAGUUUAAAACGAUCGAGGAGCUGAUGGAUCUCACCGACGAAUUUGAGCUUCUGAAGGGCGAAGAGGCCAGAAACAGUCGACAAGCAGCACACAGCCUAGCUCCCCUAGAAGAAAGGUACAGCAGAGAGGAAUCCUGCUGGCGUUGCAAAGGACGCGGUCACCUCCGCUUCCGAUGCCGAAGGACAAAAAGGCUGUUCUGCUCUAGAUGCGGCCGAGAUAACGUCCUCUCCCGGGAUUGUCCGUGCAACACUGCCACCGCUAAGCCGCCCCGCAAAAUACGCAGCACCGGAACAGCUCCGAUCGCCGCUGUCCCUGUAGACACUAACACCCAUCAAGGAGGAAAAGCAGAUGGUCGCUACUACAUCAAUGUGAGCGUAGAAGGUAUGAGCGUACGGGCACUAUUGGACACCGGCGCAACGCUCACCUACAUUGACGAGUCCAUACGUCAACACCUGGAAGAGAGGAAAAUCCAGCAUCGACCCAAUCACCGAAAUGUACAACUGGCCGAUCAAACAUGCGUCUCCAGCUUGUACACUUAUCCAGUAAGGAUAAUGUACAACAAGCGAGCCACAACCACCCUGGCUUCGGCACUCCCAAAUCUUGCCGAACGCAUGAUCCUGGGGAUGGAUUUCCUUAGGGACAGAGAGGCCAUCCUUACCCUGGACGGACAACCACUGCGCGAACCUCUUGGCGCAAUCGUGGAAGCGCCCGCCAACAACGAGCGAUCACCCAGCCCCGCCGGGCCACGAGCACCCGAAUGCGAACCCAGCAUCAUAAGCACGGAAACCGGCGGACCGCCAAACAAUGGGGACACCGCCUAAAAUAGCUACACCCCCGGCGAAGAAGUUAACCCCUCGGACGCGCGUGACCACGCGCUAGCACUGCUCGACGA